AUGACUACAGAGAACUUCACCCGGACCAGAGUUACCCCUGUUGACUUCAUCCUCCUGGGCAUCACGGAUCGCUGGGACCUACGUGUGACCCUCUUCCUGGUUUUCCUGCCAGUCUACCUGGUGAGCCUGCUGGGAAAUGUGGGCAUGCUGCUGCUGAUCCGCGUGGAUGCCCGGCUCCAAACGGCCAUGUACUUCUUCUUGGCCAGUCUCUCCCUGCUGGAUGCCUGCUAUUCCUCAGCCAACGGCCCCAAGAUGCUAGUGGACUUGCUGCUGCCCCACGCCACCAUCCCUUACCCAGCCUGUGCCCUCCAGAUGUUUGUGUUUGCAGGGCUGGCUGAUGCUGAGUGUUGCCUGUUGGCAGCCAUGGCCUAUGACCGCUACGUGGCCAUCAGAAACCCUCUUCUCUACACAAUAGCCAUGUCGCGGCGCGUGUGCCUGGCCUUGCUGGGAGCAUCAGGCCUGGGCGGGGCCGUGAGUGCCUUUGUCCACACGACCUUCACCUUCCGCUUGAACUUCUGCGGCUCCCGGGAGGUCAACAGCUUCUUCUGUGACAUCCUCCCCCCGCCCCCGCUGGCCAUCUCGUGCAAUGACACCAGUCUCAAAGAGCUCCUCCUCUUCGCUGUCCGUGGCUUCAUCCAGACAGCAACUGUGUUGGUCAUUACCGUGUCAUACGGUUUCAUUGCUGGGGCUGUGAUUCGCAUGCGCUCGGCGGAGGGCCGCUGGCGAGCAGCCUCUACCUGUGGCUCUCACCUCACGGCUGUAGCCAUGCUGUAUGGGACACUCAUUUUCAUGUACCUGCGUCCCAGCUCCAGCUAUGCCCUGGACACUGACAAGAUGGCAUCUGUGUUCUAUACUUUUGUCAUCCCAGCUCUCAACCCACGCAUCUACAGCCUCCGCAACAAGGAGGUCAAGGAAGCAGUCAGAAGGACUUGGAGCCGAUUCUGCUGCCCUGGUCCAGGGCACCAAUAA